AUGCCUACCAUAUCCGUCAACAAGUACGAUUUGUACAAGGCCCUGGGCCAAAACUUCACAACCCAGGAGUUUGAAGACCUCUGCUUCGAAUUCGGCAUCGAACUCGACGAGGACACCGAAAAUGAAGAGCGACCGAUUGUCAAUGGCGUGCAGGAGCCGCCCCAACUCAAGAUCGAGAUCCCGGCCAACCGAUACGACAUGCUAUGCUUCGAGGGAAUAGCACUCAUGCUCAACAUCUUCAGAGGAACCGUCGCUGCACCCAACUACAAGGUCGUCGAGCCCAAGAACCCCGAGACCCAAGUCAUCACCGUCGCUCAAGACACAGGCAAGAUCCGGCCCCUCGUCGCCGGCGCCAUCCUCCGCAACAUCAAGUUCAAUCAAGAAAGCUACGACUCCUUCAUCGGUCUCCAGGACAAGCUGCACAUGAAUCUGGCGAGACAAAGAACAUUGGUGGCUAUUGGAACCCACGACCUCGACACGAUACAAGGCCCUUUUACAUAUGAGGCCCUGCCGCCUAGGGACAUCAAGUUCAAGCCCCUGAACCAGACCAAGGAGAUGAACGGCGAGGAGCUCAUGCAGUUCUACGAGGGCGACAAACACCUCGGCAAGUACUUGCACAUAAUCAAGGACUCACCCGUCUAUCCCGUCAUCUACGACAAGAACCGCGUUGUCUGCUCCCUGCCGCCCAUCAUCAACGGUGACCACUCCAAGAUCACCGUCGACACCAAAAACGUUUUCAUUGAGAUGACGGCCACCGACGCCACCAAGCUCGACAUCGUCUGCGACAUGAUGGUCACCAUGUUCUCGCAGUACUGCUCCGAGCCCUUCACUGUGGAGCCCGUCAAGAUUGUCUCCGAGCACAACGGCGCCUCAAGAACGACACCCACCCUGGCGCCCCGUAACAUCGACGUCGAGAUCGACUACCUCAACGCCUGCACUGGUCUCAACGAGUCACCCGAGACUUUGUGCAAGCUUCUUACCAAGAUGGCCUACAUCGCCAAGCCUUCCACCAAGGACAGCAACCUAUUGAACGUGUCUAUCCCCGUCACCCGUGCCGACGUGCUCCACCAGUGCGACGUCAUGGAGGACCUGGCUAUCUGCUACGGAUACAAUAACCUUCCCAGAUCAUCUCCUAACAAGAGCGCAACCAUCGGCGCUCCUCUCAUGAUCAAUAAGCUGGCAGAUAUCGUCCGGACAGAGGCCGCCAUGUCCGGCUGGAGCGAAGUCAUGCCCCUCAUCCUCUGCAGCCACGACGAGAACUUCGGUUGGCUCAACCGAAAAGAUGACGGCAAGACUGCUGUCAAGCUUGCCAAUCCCAAGACUGCCGAGUACCAGGUUGUCCGCACAUCCCUGGUUCCCGGUCUCCUCAAGACCAUCCGCGAGAACAAGAAGCACAGUGUCCCCAUCAAGAUUUUCGAGUCGGCCGACGUCGUCUUCAAGGAUGAGUCUCUAGAGCGCAAGGCUCGCAAUGAACGUCACUUCGGUGCCGCCUGGUACGGCAAAACCAGCGGCUUCGAGGUUGUUCACGGCCUCCUCGACCGCAUCCUUCUGAUGCUUCGUACCGCCUUCCUCACCCAUGACGAGGGUCUGACGGCUGGCAAGAGCGUCGACUUCAAGGUCGUCGAGAACCCCAGCAAGCCUGACGGCUACUGGAUCGAGGAGAUUGACGAGGCCACCUUCUUCCCCGGCCACGCGGCUGCCAUCUACCUGCGUCUUGGCGGCAAGGAGGCGCGCAUCGGAGAGUUCGGCAUUCUGCACCCCACUGUGCUGGAGAAGUUUGACUUGAGAUACCCCGUGAGCACCCUCGAGAUCAACCUCGAGGUCUUCUUGUAG